AUGGCACCGCCCGGCCCAUCAUGGCGCCCAUGGCAAGCUGUGGGACUGGUGGGCGGUGCUUUGUUGUGUUUCAGCUUGAGUUGGAAUUCAGAGGCAGAGACCUCAAGAUCUUUGCAGGCUCUGACCUUGUAUGACGAUGAUGAUGACGAUACAAUCAAAAGCGGCCCCUUUGCGAACCUGAUGUGUCCGCAUGAAAUGCAACCAAUCUACAUGCUUCCGUUGACCAACGGCAUCAAGCAGCUCUUGACUUUCUGUGUCUUUGGCUUUGACUUCAAAACUGACUUCAAGAAAGGAAGUGCCAUGAAGAAGCUAGCUAGCUUCUUCGUGGGUUAUCUGGCCAAGUUGGCCUUCAUUUUCUUGGCCUUCAAUUCUUACAUCAGCGAUUAUCGCAAGUUUCAGAGUCGGGAGGAGAACAACUUGGAUAACCUUUGGCAAAGCUCCUUGGUGUUCCUGGCGAUUUGGUGCACCUCCCACAAUUUCUCAGCAUCACUGGGUCUGUGGGGCUCCUUCACCAUACAAAGUCCUGCAGUGAUUUUCAAGAAGGACAUUGAGAAGUCAAGAUACCUGGAAGCUGCCAGCUGCUGGGGCUUUGGAAAUAUCAGAUUCCCGUUCUUUCUCGGCGGGGCACGCUGGCUGGCUUUUCCUAAGCAAGUCUAUGCGCUGUUGCUGCUUCCCUACGUCAUUCCAUACAUGGUGCUCAGCUACACCACCGCUAUUCUUCUAGCAGCCUGGUCGAUUCUUUUCACGAAAUGCUGCUGUCUAUUCAAAGUCAUUUGGCUAUUGUUUGCUGUUGUGGUCUGCAGCAUCAUGUACCUCUUUGGUUCUGUGCAGACAGGUCUUCAAGAAAUCUGGGAGCGGGUUUGGCCAUUUAUAUACCUCUUUGGGGUCCAUCUCUACGCCACGUAUGUGGUGCCUCCAUUCAUUGCGCUUGUGUAUGGAAUUAUCAGCUGCUCUUCUGCCACAGCCAUUUGGAGAGGCUUGGGAAUUUGCGAGCAUGAACACGAGAAGCAGGAAGGGUCAGGCGAGUCGCUGGUGCAAUCGUGCACGCACCUGGACCAUGACUUUGACGAAAUCAUCGAAGAGGAGGAGGCGCAGAAACGUGAAGAUGCCCCAGAACCAUGCGACUGUUGCUCCAGCAGGCUGCGGAAAUGCCAACUGUUUUGGUUAUGGUUCUUCCCUCAGAGGAGGCUUCAAAUCGCUUCGGAUGAUCGCCGGACGCUCUUAAGACUUGAUUGGAGUCGCUUGAGUAGCGAUUUCAGAUUUACCAAGGCAUGUAUGGCGAAAUUGGAGCCUUAUCGCGAUGAGCUUGAUGAAGUCACUUCAGCUUUGCACGACUUUUCUCCUUUUGAGGAGGCAGCAUCCUCCGACGAUGAGGAGGACCCUAUUUGCCCCACGCCAUAUGGCAAGGGCCUGGUCGAUGUGUGCAUUGGGCGAGAGACGCUGCUGAACUACGAUGUCAACGAAAAGUACUCGCCCUCUUUGCACAGCCAGCUCAGUCAUGAGAGC